GAGCUGUCACAGGCCCCGGGUCCGCCUGACCGAGCCAAGUAGGGUGUCAUGGCCGCGGGGGGCAGCGGCUGCACUUCCUCUGCGGGCGGCGGCGGCGGCGGCGGCCGGGGAGUUAAUCCUCGACGCUCGGGUCGGUCCCGUUUCCCUCUGUGCGGCGGCCGGCGGGACCAUAAGGGCUUAACUCAUAUAUUUAACCCCCCUCCAAAAAGGUUUGAAAGUAUUCUUGAAGGGCUGUUUGGACCUGCAUUAUUAAAAGAUCUCAGUUUAUAUAAAGACUGUGAACCUGAAAGCAUUUCUGAUUGGACUUUUGAUGAAAACUGUCUAUUCUGUUGCUUAAGAAGAGAUAAAGUAAAGGGACACUUAGUCGGUCUGGAUGAACCAGCUUCGGGAGCUGGGCAAGAAGCUCUGCUUAAACAAGAGCAAGCAAAAAUCAUUCGAUUCGAGAGACAAGCAGAAGAGUUCCUCAAUGCAGUCUUUUAUAGAAAAGACAGUCCCUGGGUCUCCGACCCCAAUAUUCCCCUAGUGGCCCGUGAGAUCAUGCAGCGAAUGAUCCAACAAUUUGCUGCUGAAUAUACCUCAAAAAAUAGCUCUACUCAGGACCCCAGCCAGCCCAAUAGCACAAAGAACCAAAGCCUGCCGAAAGCAUCUCCAGUCACCACCUCUCCCACGGCUGCAACUACUCAGAACCCUGUGCUCAGCAAACUUCUCAUGGCUGACCAAGACUCACCUCUGGACCUUACUGUCAGAAAGUCUCAGUCAGAACCUAGCGAACAAGACGGUGUACUUGAUCUGUCCACUAAGAAAAGUCCAUGUGCUGGCAGCACUUCCCUGAGCCAUUCUCCAGGCUGCUCCAGUGCUCAAGGGAACGGUGAGAAUUCAACAGAGGCUCUAGCAGUAGAUUCUAACAAUCAGUCGAAGUCCCCGCUGGAGAAGUUUAUGGUCAAACUGUGCACUCAUCAUCAGAAGCAGUUCAUUCGUGUUCUGAACGAUCUGUACACUGAAUCCCAGCCAGGCCCCGAGGACCUGCACCCUGAUUCUGGAGCAAUGGACGCAUCCACUUGCAGUGCCGGCUGUGCCCAACUAGGCACCAAACAUAAGGAAAAGGAUGCUGUGUGUCUCGAUAGGAAGUCUCCUACUUCUGUAGAUUUGUUCGUAGACUCAUCGGACUCUCACAGCCCUCUACGCGUGACAGAACAGGCCCUGAAGGAGCCUCCUCCUGAGAUAAAGUCUGUAGAUGGGAGAGAGAAUGCCUUGGCUGUUACCCAGAAAGUUUCCUCUGAACUUCCAACCACUAAACCUAAUUCUGGUAGUUCAACGGAUAGUUCCACUCUGGGAUACCUCACUGCAUCUAAUUCUUCCUCAUUAAACUUCCACCACAUCUCUAAGAGCUUGGAGGGGCAAACCACUGGACAGGAGCAAGACACAAAUGUGAAAAUUCGCGAGGAUGGUAAAGACCAUAUGCAGAGCUCAGCUUUAGUAGAAAGUCUAAUUGCAGUAAAAGGGGCAGCUGAGAAUAGUGAGGAGAGCAACAGCUGUAUUAUUUCUCAGAGAAAUUCAUUCAAAGCUUUAUCAGAAGAAGCUUGGGACUCAGGGUUUACGGGGAAUUCACCUAGAACUGCUGACAAAGAGAACGCUUUACUGUGUAGCUCAAAAACACCUUUGCGCCAGGAGUUAGAGUCCAGUGAACAAGAUUCAAGGCCAAAGCAAGAGAACCAUCUUCACUCACUAGGAAGAAAUAAGGUGAGUUAUCAUUUACAUCCCAGUGAUAAGGGCCAGUUUGAUCAUUCCAAAGAUGGUUGGUUAGCCCCCAGCCCUAUGCCAGCUGUACACAAAGCAUCUAAUGGACAUUCACGAACCAAGAUGAUCUCAACCUCCAUUAAGACAGCUCGGAAAAGUAAAAGGGCAUCAGGGUUGAGGAUAAACGAUUAUGAUAACCAGUGUGAUGUCGUUUAUAUUAGUCAGCCAAUAACAGAAUGCCACUUUGAGAAUCAAAGAUCAAUAUUAUCCUCUCGGAAAACAGCCAGAAAGAGUACUCGGGGAUACUUUUUCAAUGGUGAUUGUUGUGAGCUGCCAACUGUUCGCACACUGGCCAGAAAUUUACACUCCCAAGAAAAAGCGAGCUGUUCAACCCUGGAGCCGGAGGCAGUGGUCACUCCCAAGCAGACCCUUACACUUUCAGCCCCUGGACCCGCCGUGGAUGUGCAGCAUCCCAGAGACGAUGACCACGAAGAACCUAGUAAAGAAAUCAUCUCCCUUAAGGAAGGAGACAGAGAUGCUUCCUCGGAAAAGGAAUCUCAAGAGCCUGAGGUUUGCCCCGUGACAAAUAAACCAAAUCCGAGCAGCUCUCCUAGGUCAAAGGAAACAACAGCCUCCAGCCUGGUGUCACCUCUCCCUGUUCACCUUCCCAAAGAGGACACACCAGAAGGCAGCUCCAUGGUCUCAACUCCCACAGCAAGUGGGAUAGCUUCCCCUGAACGAGACCAGCAGCCAGUCGAACUGCUGGAAAUCAAGGAGGGGACUGUCACCCAAGACUGUCACCUGGUUUCCUCUAUUGAGAGCACUUCUGAGGGAGGCAAUGAAGAUGUUGUUUCCGGGCCUCAUUCUUCUCCUGAAACAGUCAGUAGAGAGGAAGGUCCUCCUUGCUCAGAAAGUCAGAGUCCUCCAGUGGGCUUGGAGCCUCCUCUGAGCCUGGGAAAAGCUGAAGACAACCAAAGCAUCAGUACUGAGGCUGAGACUGAAGACACUCAGGAGCUAGAUACUGACCUACUCUUGAAGGAAAGCAGCACUUUUACUAAUGAAAACCCCAAUGAAAUUGAGGAAAGUGAGACAGCAGGUGGUACAGGAAAAUUAGAGGGACAGGGCAGGAACGUAAAACAUUCUUCAGAAAGAGAUAUGUGUGAUCAAAACAUUGACUCACCCGAAGAGAAUCUGGACAAGAAGAAAAAAGUUAAAAAACUCCCUGAGGCCUCUGACAGGUGCCUAAGAAGUCAGCUUUCUGAUCCCUCUUCUGCUGAUAGGUGCCUAAGAAGUCAAAGUUCAGAUUCUUCCUCUGCUAGUCCUGAGAUCAAGGUUUCCAAAAAUCCUGUUAUGAAACGUUCUAAAAAGGAAGCGUGCCCUGGUGAGACAACACCUGAGAGUCUUCUGGCUGAUGGUUUCCAUACAAAAGCUUUGGAGGACACUGAAAACCCAGAGGUCCAUGAAAAGCCCUCUGAGAAAGAUGCCGAGCAGGAGGGCAAAGAAGGUGGGAUCAUCACCAGGCAGACUUUUAAAAACAUGCUGGCUAAAGAGGUCAAAGGGGAAGAAGGAGGUAUUUUCCCCCACGGUGAUCCCAUAACCACAGUAGACCAGACCCUGCCUGGAGAAAGACUGGAAAUCUAUGUUCAGUCUAAGUUAGGUGAGAAAAAUGCUCGUGCUCCCUCAGAAAAUAUUCCACGUACUUUCCCAGAACAAUCAAAAGAGAAGCCAGAACCAAUUCCUGCACACGAUACGGAGGAGGUUGUGAAUGAGGCUGGCAGUGCAAACACCCAGCAUAAAGGUGACCAGAGUGAUGUGCCAUCCAGUGCAUGUGGCUUGUCAAAUAGUGGAAGUGGUGAUGCGGCCGGGCCCCCACAGUGCGUCCCGAGGCUUACAAGACUGACCUCUUCAACUUACAACCUAAGACAUACUCAUUCUCUGGACUCCUUGGACACUGCAAAAGUGACUUCAGAAAAGGAAGCAACACAGGGAAACCCAAUGCCAAAGGAAAAGGAAGCUUCAGAGAGUGGAGAUCCCUUACAUGAGGAUGAUGUGGACACAGUGGUAGAUGACCAGCCAAAGUUUGUGGAAUGGUGUGCAGAGGAAGAGAACCAAGAGCUUAUUGCCAGCUUCAAUGCCCAGUACAUGAGAGUCCAGAAAGGUUGGAUCCAGUUGGAAAAGGAAGCCCAGCCAACACCAAGAUCAAGGAACAAGUCAGAUAAACUAAAGGAGAUUUGGAAAAGCAAAAAAAGGUCACGGAAAUGUAGGGGUUCGUUGGAGGUUCAAAGGUUUUCUCCUGUUCAGAUGCUGUUUAUGACAAACUUUAAGUUAUCUAAUGUUUGCAAAUGGUUCUUAGAGACAACUGAAACCCGGUCUCUGGUUAUCGUGAAGAAGCUCAACACUCGUCUUCCAGGAGACAUCCCCCCUGUCAAGCAUCCUCUUCAGAAAUACUCUCCUUCCAGCCUGUACCCCAGUUCACUACAGGCUGAACGCUUGAAAAAACACUUGAAGAAAUUUCCUGGAGCUACUCCUGCUAGAAACAAUUGGAAAACACAGAAGCUCUGGGCUAAGUUUCGAGAGAAUCCUGACCAAGUGGAGCCAGAGGAUGGCAGUGAUGUCAGCCUCAGCCCCAAUUCUGAAGACACUGUAGAGGAAGUCAAGGAAGGUAGAAAUAGCCAUCCUCCCACAAAUUCACCUACCCCAGCCAGUACUCGGAUCCUCAGAAAAUACUCCAAUAUUCGAGGAAAGCUCAGAGCCCAGCAAUGUUUGAUCAAGAACGAGAAAAUGGAGAGCCCAUUUGGACAGGCUGUGGAGAGUAAACAGAGUUGUAAGAGUGUAUGCAUCAACCCUCUGAUGUCCCCCAAGCUUGCCCUGCAAGUGGAUGCAGAUGGGUUUCCCAUUAAGCCCAAGAGUACUGAUGGAAUGAAGGGAAGGAAGGGGAAGCAGAUGUCUGAAAUCUUGCCGAAAGCCGAAGUGCAGAAUAAACGCAAGAGGACAGAAAGCGGCACCGCUCAGGACAGGAAGGACAAGGGACCUGCGGUCAAAGCCAGCAAAGAAAAGCAUAGUGAUGGAUCCACCAAAACCCCUGCUGCCAAGAAGCCAGCUGCAAGGGACAGAAUCAGCCAACUGCCCAAAAAGACAUCCUUGAAAGAGAAUAAAGUGAAGAUCCCCAAAAAGUCCCCUGGGAAGAACUGCCCUCCCUCCAGGAGGGAAAAAGAAAAUACGAACAAAAGACCCGCUCAGCCAGCCGCCUCAGACACAGUGACGAAACCUGCAAAGCAAAAGGGGGCAGGGGAAUCCUCUUCAAGGCCACAGAAAGCCACCAACAGGAAGCAAAGCAGUGGAAAGGCUCGGGCCAGACCCUUGACAAAAACCCCAGAGAGCAGUGCGGCCCAGAGAAAGCGAAAGCUGAAGGCAAAGCUGGACUCUUCCCAUGGCAAACGGAGACGGCUGGACGCAAAGUGAUCGCCAGGCUGGUAGCCGAGAGUUAAACUGUCCUACAGAAGUAACCCUUCGUUUUGCAUUAACUAAACCUGCUUUUAUAAGCUUAUCCAGCCUUUCAAAUCUGCAGUUAAUGGAGAACAUCACAAUUUAAGAUGUCAGAAAAAUGCAUCUCAGAUGGAGAAGGGAACUUGCAGAGUCUUUCUCUGAGGCUGAGUAAGGGAAGUUAUAUAUUAUAUUCUGGUUGUUCCUUGGGUUUUAAACUUGGAACCAAGCAGUUUUAGUUUUUAAAAGUACAGUGCCUUAUUUAUCCUUUUUGUUUUUAAAUUUACAAAAGCUAAAAAGCUGAUCUAUGUGAUUAAAGGCUUGUAUUUUAUACUUGAUGCACAAGCACUUGUACUGUAGCCGAGAAGACCACCAUCAUGCACAUAAAAGUAGCUUUUCAGCAGCCACCCUGCAGUGUCUGUACCUGAACAGACACUCCUCUUUGCAAACCCUAGCAGUGAACUUCCCUCUCUGUCUUGUUUGUUUGUUUCAAUGAUUCUCGAAAGCUAAACCAAAUCACUUUUAUGGUAUGUAGAGAAUGCAGAGGGAAAUUAUUAUUAUUAUAAAAGAUGAAUAUUUCUGUUACCCCUUUUUAAAAAUUCAUAUUCUGUUCAUUAUUGGUCACUCCUCUCACUUUUGAUCCUUUGUCAUUUGAAAAAAUGUAUUCUAAAUUAUGUGCCCAUGGGACAGAAGAUGUGUCACAUGGUGUUAAUAUUGGGUUAUGACCUCUAAAAAUUAUUUACAUCCCCCAAGUGAUUUGCAUUACUGAUUCUUGCCAUCCUUUUCAUUUUGGGCCUUGCAAGCUUGCUAGCACUCUAACGAGGUUUUCUUCUGACUUUGGGGGAAAAAAUGUAGGCUUUUUUUUUUUUUUUUUCAUCUUGUAACUGUAACUUGACAAUUAGGAUAAGAGUGACUGUUCUAAUAUUCUUUCUUACCCCGAAUACUUCCAUAUUCAAAGAAAGCCAGGUUGUUAUUUCCAGUAAUAGAAAAGUUUAAGAGUUUAUGCAUGUGCAUUUGCCUGUGGUUAUUAGCCACAGAUGUCUCCCAGCCCCGGUUCUGCAGUAAGAUUCUUUGUCGCCAUGCAGUGUGCUAGGGCAUUUGUUCAUGAGCUGGGUAAUUAGCACAGGCCAGAUGGUUUAAAUGUGGCCCAGGGUCUCUGUGAGUAUCCCCAAAACCAGUUUGGCAUGAGGCUCAGAAAGGUCUAAACAGCACAGAGUUAUGUAAAGUUCAGAGCAACUUUGCUGUUGGAGGAAGCAGCCCCAUCUCAUAGUGGGCCUGCAGCGCUCCCCCCACCUGGAGCUGACGUUCAGCUGGUGUGCUCCAGUGUGAACGUACAUGGUUAGAGUGGGUGUUAGCAUUCUAAUUGGUUAGUGCCAUACUGGUAGUUAAUGCUUGUGGUAUCACUCCCGCCUCUAUCACGUCAGGCUCUAUUCCAUGGCUCAGAAUUGAGAGCUGCGGUGUUUUAACUAAUGUUGUUUGCCUUUCCUGAGUGACGCCUGAGGUGGUUGCAUGGGCUUUCCCUUGAUGCCUGUAACAUUGCUCCAUUAUAACACAGUGUGACUUCCACAUUUCCACUGGACCACUCUACAAAAAAGGCUUGGUUGUUAAAGCUUCAGCCAACUUCUCUAACAUGCUCCGUCACAGAAGUAGGCUUGUGUGGACAGGUGCCACCCUGUCUGUUUUACUAAAAAGUUUUCCAUUUAGAUUGUUCAGAUCUGUUUAGGUAAACCCGGGUGGACUUUUUUCAUGUAUAGUUCAGCCAAAUCAUGAUAAAACAGGCCUUCUACCCAUUCUGUGAAAAGCUUGCUGUAUAUAAUGGAAACUUCUGAUGACUGGAUAGGACUGGAGAAAAGCAUGUGAUUCAUGGGAAAUUGAAAAUUGCAUUGAAUUUCAUAGGUAGGGAAGCUUACUAUCUUCAGUGAAGCCUUGACUUUUUUUUUUUUCCAAUGUCUCCUAUCCCAUGAGUCUCUUUUUUUCUUUUUAAUAUCUUUGACUUUGGCCAUUCAAGAGCUACCUAUGUUAAUGAAACUGCUGAGUGUGUAUGUUGGCAGCCCUUUCUCAGCAUUAAGUUGCACAGAAGCAUUAGUAUGUUUUUGCGUAGGUUUGGUUAAUCUUUUAAAAGUGGUUUUAAAGUUAAAAAAAAAUUUUUCAUAUAGUCGUCACUGGAUACUGUUUUUGUGGUGACUUAACCAGCUGAGGUCUGCCAAUGUGACAUGUGUGGACUCCUGUGCGUAUACUCAAGGUGCCCCCCUUAGCUGCACGUAGACUGCAUUGUAGCGGUGCUUGGAUUAACUUAGGGAGAGGUGUGAGGCAGUGUGAGUGGGUGGAACUCUUCCAGUUUCGGGUCUGUCAUCCAUUCCAUUACUUUUCUAAGUGCUUUUUCAUUUUAAAAAGCUUACUUCAAGAUAAUAGCCUUUUCUCCCGUCUUAGGCAGCAUUUGGCGAAAGGUAUGCAUGUGUAUGCCUUUUUUUAUACACUGCAGUGGCUCAUCUUUAAAAUCAACUUACACUUUAUAGUAGUAACUGCAUUUAAAUAGACUAGGAUUCUACAUAAUUAGAACACUUAAAACCUUAGGAUUAUUUUUAUAUUUGUUGAAUCUCAUUUUUGCUGAUUCAGUUAAUUUUGCUAAUAGAAGAAAGGAAAACAAACAAACAAACUUGAGGGCUGCCUCUGGAACACCCUUUUACUCUUACAGCCGAUGCUGGCAAACCUGUCUCCUAGACACCUCCAAGCCAGACUUGGAAUUGACUCAAGUUCCCCCUUGUUUCCCCUGUCUCACAAAGACCUCCUUUUUCUAGCCAUCUUCACAGUAUGGCUUGCCACCAGAUGCAAAGGCAAUCUGUCCCACAUUCCAGAUUCCAAAUGAAGAAAAAAGAAAACUCUGCCCCUGGGCCUAUACUCUGACUGUCCCAGUGUUGGAGCUGAAGUUGAUGACCUGAGAACGCCGGUAUUACCUCCGAGCUUCUGGGAGAGCUGCAGGAUGCCUGCGGAGCAAUGACUGAAGCUCUAUCAUAGCUCCCCAGAGCUGGGCCCUCUUCAGGAGACCCAUUUUCUGUCCCCCAUUUUCUAGCCCUUCAGGCUCCCCGGGUUUGGGAGGACAACAUGGAAACUGCUCCCCAGUCAGGGUCCAGAGCCUCCCUCAUAGCAAUCUUGCAGCACAGCAGGAAGGCAAUGAACGUUUAGUCUGCUCUUAAGGCUGCCCGCAUUGGAAUGUCAUUGGUGUGUGUUCAUCUGCAGUUGCUAGUCCCUUGGAUCCCUUGGGUUAAUUCUGUUGCAUCUGUACUUCAUUAAAGAAUUUUACACAAGCCUUAUCUAAAAACAGUAAUCUUGGACUGUGGGUUUCAUCCUUGCAGUAGUGCGGCUAGGGGAGGUGCAGGUCCUCGUCUCUUCAUAGGUGCUGCUUCUGAGGGGCUCCUCUGUGCAUCACACGCUGUUCAGAUAGGACAUCAGUGAAACACAUCACUUCAAGACUUGCUUUGAACUGAGGUUUGGUCUCUUUCCUGCCUUUUGGUGGAUUCGUGGUGAGGGCUGAAGCUGUCACCCCCCCCUCUACGGGCAGCAUUCCUGCUGAUUGAAGGACCCGAGAGCUAAGUGGGAAAGACAGCAUGCUACAUGAUGCAGGUCGGAGAUUCUGUAAGUACCACCAUCAGCAAGGUUGGUGGCUUGUCACCACACCAGGGACUGUAUUGGAAUUUCCCCGGGUGCUAGGCCGGGGAGCCACACCCGUUCCUAUUGGUUUUCUGUCAGCCCGCACAAACUGUCAUUUGGCUUACAGAGGAUCAAGGGUCUGCAGAAUAUGGGCUGGUCACUCUUUUGUAAAUAAAAGUUUAUUGGAACAUAGCCAUGCCCAUUUGUUCGUGUAUUUUCCUUGGCAGCUUUCCAGCAGAGUAUCAUAUUUAUAGCAGAGACCAAGGGCCUGCAAAGCCUAAAGGAUUUACCGUCUGGACCUUUCAGAAAAAGUUUGUUGACCCUCCUUGCUUAAGAAAAUAAUCGUUUUUCACUAACAAAUUUUGCCUGAUUGAUCUUCUCCUUUCUUUGUCCUCCCCUCCUCUCUGUCCUCUUCUUCUUUUCCCCCUUAUCUUACCUCAGUUUUGUUCUUCUUUUUACACUUCUUUAUUUUCUCUUGCUACAGAGGAGACACGGUAUAUUGCUAUAGCACACUGACUGCCAUCUCCUGACUCGUGAGCUGCCGUAGCCUCACACCUUCCUUCUUAGAACCGCCCGUCACUGCAGCCACAGUGAGGCCACCGUUAGCCUCAAGAGUCAGACCCCGUGAGCAAACAGGGCUUCAGAGUUGUAAAUGUGGCCUGGCCUCUCAUUUCACUCAGCCUUUAUCAUAGACUUGACUCCGGCCUCACGUCUUGUUUGUUCCUAAGGUAAGCCAAGAUUUGGUUUUUCUCAAAAUUAGUUGAGAAUACUGUGGUAUUCUCAUUUACAUAUUUAGAUACGGAAAAAGCCUUUUCACAGAAGGGAAAACAAAGUCCAGUCACUAACCCAAGGUAUUUAUUAUGUAAUAUUUUGGGCCAGCUUCUAGGAAAAUAAAAAUGCAUCAGCACUGAUAUUUUUUUAGUCAUAUACUUUCCUUUCAAAAUUAUUUUAUUAAAGGCAAGCCAGCAAAUGAAAACUAGGGGCUUUGAACGUGCUUUUAGGUAAGAAUAGAAAAUUGGGGCAUAUUAUGUAACCUGAGUGUGACUGAGAAGUUGUACAUUAUAUCUUUGGAUCAAAUCCAGUCAGCUUCCAGGCUGUUGGGUCUUCCCCGUCCCCCAGAACUCAAGGAUAAGCUUCCAUACUGGUUUUUUCCCAAAGGAAGUUUGAAUGUCAUGCCAGUGAAAAAAUUUCUGUCAGUGGCCCCAGAACACUGAUUAUUUCGGUUAUUUUGAAACAGACAGUUAUCGUUUUGACUUCUCAGCUAUUAAUUUUUGUCUUCUUAUUGCUUGAUACCCACUGAAAUACUGGAAAUUUUUCUGUGAGUAUAAAAUCAGGUCUAUAAUCACAUCAGCAAGGCAGUCCUCACACCCCAGCAGUAAGUAUUCUUCCCUGGGCUUGCUCCCAAAUCCUUUUUCAGGGAAAAAAAUGAAAAUAAAAAGAUUAUUGCAUUUAAAACAAGCAGAAUUAUGAGAAGCCUUUUGAGGCAGCCUUCAGUUCAUUCCGUGAAAUGUCAGAACAGUUUGACUACUUGUGCUACAGUGGACAUAUUGGAAGACUUGAAGGUCUGACCUCUUUCCUUUAGAGAUAAUAAGUCACACUCAAGCAGAAACCCAGAGCUCUCUGAUGACGCUUCUGAUGCAGGGCUUUGCCUUGUCGUGCUGGGGACCCGGGAAAGCACCCGGGGCACUUCUGCAGAGGGUGCACUUGCUCAUGCUUUUGCUCUUCGGAUUGAGCCAAAGCUGGUCGUUUCCUUCCAUUACCUCCUGUCUGUCCGAUCUUCCUUUUCCCAGAGCCCUGGUGGCAUACACUCGGUGCUUAGGGGACACCCUCAGCUUUGUUGUCUAGAGGGGCGGCUGUGUAGUUAGUCCCGUCUGGCAAGCACUGUGACGCACAGAGGCUUUCUCACCGGCCUGAGACCAUCCCACUUAAUGCAAGGUGGUCAGUAGGCAAGGGACGUGAAGGUAUAGACUGCCCAUGAAAGAGCAACAACAAUGAAACAGGUGCUCAUGGUCUUAUAGUAUGCCGGAGGUUGGAGGAAUGCAUUUUACCUUUUAUUUUUUAAAGGAUUAUAUUUAAAAAAAAAAAAAAAGGAACAGAAACCAUAUAGUAGUGGACACAGCCUAAAAUGUAUUCACCACCUGGCUCUUUACAAAAGCUUUACUGACCCUUGCAGUACAUCGUUCAGGAUAAAAUAUGAGGACAGCUAGGCACAAACAUUUUUUCACAUAAUCCAGCACUGCACCACAUCCUUCCUUUUAGAUUUGAGGGGGUCUCACUUGUUCAUCUCGGCACACAGCUGCUGUUGCACGUUAUUUCUGAGUGAUGCUUGUGCACUAAAGAAGAAGAAAAGAUCCUUCUUCGUUGAUUGAAUGUUUGUUGAAUCAUGAUCUGAUCUACUAGGACAAGUAGUUAAAACCAGAAGUGCAAAGUCUUUUACGUCUCCUCUGUGGCAGUGCUGCCCACAAACAGAUUUGGUAAUGAACCUGAAUCCCAGAACAGUGCCUCCCCUGGCCAGAACAGGCGUGCCCCUUUCACCCUCUAGCACCCUUUUUCCUUUGUUGUACGCUUGCAAGCUCACUCCCCAAGCUCUGGUCACUACUUGUGAACCUAAACGAAUGACCCCCGUGCCCAUUUGAACCCGAGUCCAGCCUGCCCUCCCUCCGCCCUCUCGUGAACACCUGCAUGUUGAUGGCCCCUUGUUGGCACACCAGCAGCUGUAGUCCGAAGAAGUUCUGAGCUCUCUGGCCUGGCUCAGCUCGUCUUGAGGAGCCAUCCUUGGCCCCUCCUCUCUUCCCUCUUCUGCUUGUGCCGCCCAGCCCCCUUCUAGGAGGUAUCUUCUCUGGGACAGUACCAUACCUCCCAAGCAUGUCACUGAGCGCAUACGUGUCAUACUAGAAGCAUCUUUCUUUUCAUAUCCCUUUAUUUUCCUUCCAGCAUUUAGCCGUUGAGUCCAAAUACUCUUCAAUUUAUCAACUUUUUCAGCCCACUUGUUUUCUAUAAUCUGCACCUCAUGCUGUCUUGCAGCUGAAGCUGUAGUAUUGGGGAGGUAGUUUGUGGGAAAGAUGCCAUACAAACAAGAUCUGCAUAAUUAUGUAUGUUUAUACCACAGGUAGGGAUUCGUUUUAAGGCCACUGUAUCUUAAGGGUAUCAGUUUCACCAGUGUUCUAGGAGACUGUGUUCUUGACUGUGGUUUCCAAUACAUGGUGUAAUACACAGUUACAUUCACCACUGUUGAAUUUAUUUCACUGUGUAAAUAGUGGUAUUUUCCUGUUCAAAUGCUUCUAUAGAAAGUAUUUAUUUUAACAACAAAAAAUUAACUGUCGAAAGGGCUUUCCAAAAAAGUGUUCUUUCUAGCCACCUGUCCUCCCCAAUUACCUUGCUCAUCCAUUGAACCCCCAAACAACACAGUGAAGGCAGAAGGGUGCCACCUCAAAACCCUCACUCUGGGCAGACGCAGCGUGGGUUGGGAAUCUGAGUGUUUCCCCCCACUGUCAUCCCAUCCCAGAACAAAGUGAGUCUCCCACAACUGGUAUGGCUGUGCCAGGCAUGGCAUCGGGGCUUGCCUCAAGCCGCCCACUUUUUUUGCAUACGCAGUUGAUACCUUCCAACUGUCCACUCAACACCCUGUCCAUGGAAACGAGCCUUAGUUGUAACCCCAAGGAACUCCAAACCCAUACCUGUGGGGCUAUGGAGAAACCACUGGUGGCCUAAAGAAAGCAUUAAGAUGUAUUUUUAGUCUUUCUCACGUUUGUGAAAGACACACACCUAUUCACAUUCAUUAACCAUGGGAGAUAAGCACGUUUCCUUCUGCACCUUGACAGUACUCUUGAGCACCUCAGCCCUCCUUCUCCUCACCCUCCUCCUUGUCUUCCCCCUUGCAUUCCCCCUUCUCCCUGUCUCAGCAAACAUCUGUGCAGAUGUGGCCAGCCCCACCUGUCACCCGUGGUUACAGGAGGAGACCGUCUGCUCUAAGGUGUGUGCAGCUUUACCUCUCAGGAGUCUUGGUCUGCAAUUCAGAGCACCCCUAGAUUUAACGGAACGGAUGCUUUAUGAUCGUGUUCCUCUUCUCUGUGCCCCAUUCCUGGGCACCUCUGUCUGAGCCGUGACUCUCAUUCUCCGCAGCUGGCUGGACUGAGAACCACGGCUCCAAGACCAGAGAGCUUGGGACUGGACACGUGGUGGGGGUGGGGUGGGGGGAGGUUCUCAUCCGCUUGAACCGUAAUUUGCAUAUUUUCUUAUGGCCUCCCUUUGUCUUUUCUAACAAACGAGGAGGACACUUGAACAGCAAUCCUGGAGAAUGUUUUUUCUAAGAUACUAUUUGUAAGCAAAUCUGAUUUUAAGAUGAAAUGUGAAUGGGUAACUAGAUGCCAGGGAAUUUAGCACUGAACUAGACCGUCAAAACUUUUUUAACCUUUGCAGGAGGAAAUAAAUUUUGCUCUCAUCUAAUGUUCACAAGAAGUAAUGUUGUAAAUAGUUUUUUAAAAAUAUUUAUUACACGUGCUGUAUACAGAUUCAUGUUCUGAGUGAUGUUGGUUUGCAUUGUAGUAUUGUAGAAGACUAUAUUUUGAGCAGUGGACUUCCUUUCAUAACACAGUUCACACAUGGAGAAAGAACAAAAACCAGCAGGUUGAGAGCUGUUUGGGGCAUUUGAUCUGUAACGCUACAUCAAAUCCAAGCUUUAAUUGCCCCCUCUUCUCAUCUGGUUAUGCCAUAUAUAUAUAUAUAUAUAUAUAUAUAUAUAUAUAUAUAUAUCAUAUGUGUGUGUAUAUACAUAUCAUAUAUAUAUAUCAUAUAUAUGAUAUAUAUAUAUGAUAAACCGGUCAGUUCCCAGAUCUGCAGAGCAGAUUUCCAGGUGUUCUUUCUGAUGUGUUGCCCAUAAGCAAUAAGAUCCUAGGUAAUAACAAUUUACUCUGGGCUCUGCGUUGGCCCUUGUCUCAGAGGAUAGGGUGGGGGUAGAACAGCUCUUGCUAAGACCUCUUGCCUUUGCCGGAGAGGUGGCUGUACUUGAAUUUUUGCUUCUGUUCGUCUGCACGCUUCUUCAUGUCCUACAACUCUAGCAAUGGAUGAGAAAUCUGCCAGCACCAGACACAUCAAAGAUUGGGCAUAGAGAUUGAAAACUGAUCUAUUUUUCCAUGAAUUUGCAGGGCUUCCAGAAUCUAGUCGAGGCAAAGCUCAUUUGGCUGUGAACAUAAGAACUUUUUACAUUAAAAUUUUAAAUUGACAGUUAAAAGCCCUUUGAGUCUAUCUGCCCUACCUUGGAAAGCUAAGCCCACUUCCUGUGAUCCUCCUCUGUGCCUGGGUUUGAAAUGUCUGGGGUUAAGCCGUUUAGAUGGGAGCAAGGAAGGCAGUCCCUCCUCUCCCAGCGUGUCCAGUUCAACAGGUUUCUAAGCUGUUUAGCAGCCUCUCCUUGUGACCGUCCUAAACUUUAUGAAAAAUACCCCACACCCGAAUAACCAUUAAUAGAAUAAUGUAGUUUUUUAGGCUUUUGGAAUAUGUCUUCUCUUUUGUAUUUAUGACGGUGUUUGGAAUUUUUCACUAGUGUUUUUUUAGAUUGAAGUGGGUGCGUUAGAAUAAAACUUUCCGCUGCUGAGCCUGAAAGCAAGCAAGAGGAAAGAAGCUGACCUAUAUUGUGUCAUUGGGAAGGUGACUACUGUGGUGGGAGGGCGGGGAGGGGGCGUCGUAGAUUAUGUGCUAGAACUCUGGCCUGAGGCUCCCCACGUGUUUAUUACCUUGUAAUAAAUAAUCCCUUUAUUAGCCUCACUUAAUCUCAAUAGAAGCCUGCUGUUUACCCUCAGGGAACAAGUAGUUUUCAAAAUUGAGCUCCUCCAAGGUCAUCGGCCAGUGCCUGUGUGCAGGCAGUGGUCGUCUUUGUGAACUCAUGGCAUUAUUUUCCCAUAUGCAUUAUGGUAGUAAGGAAUUCAACCCCAACCUGUAUGAAAAGCACAGCCCAGGGUCCUACUUUAGGCUAGAGUUCAUGCCUUUCAGGGGCCAGGGGGCCAUAGGAGGCCCAUGCAAUUUAACUGAAGCUCAGGUGCCGUGUUGGGUUUUUAUUCUUUUUAGGCCACGACCCUUCAGAAUGAGAUUAGGGCAGGGGCUGCUGAUCCGGCUGUGGAUCCAGGGAGCUCUAAGAUGAAUCUCUACCGUUCCUUUAAGGUCUUUCUGGUUCCUCCCAGUGUUGUCAUUGCCGAGGUCAAUCUUGUAGUUGUUCAGAUGUGCUCCUUUUUGCUGUCUUGUGAGUCUUAGCCAGUGAUCCAGAUGCCUAAGGAGAGAGUCUCUGGAUUCUCGGUACCAAGUGUGUGCCCCUAACCUGUGUGCAGGUGGUGUUUCCGAAAGCAGUGAAUUGAGAAGUUCUACAAAUGUUAAUCUGGAUGAUAGAUGUGUAUCCUUGGGCCUGGAUUUCCACUGUGUUAGUGAGUGUAGGAAAAUACUGUGUCUUUAAUGGAUGAAAAUUCAAUGUAUGCUGUGAAUUUGUUGGUUUGAAACAUUGAAAAUUUUUCAUUAGACAAUGUUUACAUACCUCACCUGAAGAACCUUUGAGAGUGUAUAUAUGAAAUUUAAAAAUAUAUUAAGUUGCUUUAAAACAAUAUGUAUAGCUAUAAAAGUUGGAGUUAUUUUAACUUUGAAUAUGUACCAAGUCUCUUAAAUAUUGAAAUCUUGUGGACUUUUUGUGCUUCUGUGUUUUACUUUCCUAUUAGGCCAUGUAGGAAACUGUGUUCUUGUUAUUGGUAAAGGGGCCCUCACUGAAAUCCAAGCUUGGAUGGAUUUCCUUUGUUGUUUCAGAUUUUCUUGUUUGGUUUUGAGGGAUGGGGUAUGGAGCUAGAGGAUGUGUGGGAGGGAUUUCUCUAACAUUGACAUCUAUUCCAUGAGCUUUUUCUAGGCGCUUAUUUUAUUGCAGCGUAUUAAACUUCUUUGAUAUUAAA